ACCAACUACUUUUCGUGUGUGCUACCUCGUCGCAUUCCAUCGACGGGCGAGCCGCGCGCAUUCCGGUCUGAUAUCUUGAUCGGACGGUCCAGAUUUCGCCGGCAAUGGCGGGCGGUUUGGCAGCGCUAGCGGAGGUAUCGCCGGCGAAAGAUAAGAUCGUAUUGGAUGAGGAGGAUUGGAACGCGAUUCUCGACGCCAUGCGACCGUACGAGAACCGUACGGCCGAUGACACGACGAACCGUACGCCGAGUCGUACGCCGAAUGGUACGACGGCGGCAAAGAGACGGAACGGCGCGACGAGUGUCAUCUGCAAAGCGACUAGCGCCGUUACGAAGACACUCGGAUCGAUCACUGUAACGAAAACGAGCAGUACAACGAAGAAGAGCGUUAUAACGAGGACAACUGAGGCAGAGGCGGCGUCCCCGCCGUCUACCAAGCGCCGAAAGCUCGAUAGCGCAGGCAAGGAUAAGCCAAGGAGCGCCAAGGGUGACGGAGAGGAGAGGGAAGCAGAAUCAGCGGCAGCGAGAAUAAGCAAUGAGGAGGAGAAGAAGCAGGGAGAGAAAAUCAAGCAGAGCGUGUGGUGGUCGUUUAAGCUGCCGGAAGUGAGUCUCAAGGACCCCAGUAAGCCGCUAAUGAGUGAGCUUGUAACGCGGAAAAUCGGCGGAGGUUCAGGGGCGAAGGGCGGGGGUUUUGGGGAGAAGAACGGGCGCUUGAGGGGGGAGGGGGGGAAUGCGGCGCAUGCGGCACAUGCGGCGGUUAGGUUUAGCGCGGAGGAAACGGAAGGGAUGAUGAACGGGUAUGCAGCAGAGGAAGCAGGGAUUGCCGCGGAGGGAGGGGGGGCAGGAAUGGCAUCCUCUGUAGCGGCACCGUCUGUAGCGGCACCGUCUGUAGCGGCGACACACAAGAGGAAACUGCCGACUUGGGCAGAUGCCAAGGGGGCGUUGGACGUGCUGAAGAAGGGCGCGGAUCAGGUGGUGGUGAACAAUAGUGUCAAGGCGGGAGACUUCUCGUUCCGAAGAGACGUGCACGCAACAUCGCUCUUCCCCUCCAUCCCAGUGCUGGCCCACGACAUCUACGCUCGCUUCCCUGGGAAGGUGGUAUACCGCAGGGAGCGCAAGGGGGUGGAGGCAGCCGCGAGGGAGCUGUACUCGGCUAUCAAAAACGGAGCCAAUGGCAGCGGCAGAAUGGCAGUGGGGCUGGACUGCGAGUGGCGGCCCACGUGGGGGAAAGGUCCUGAGAACCCCUGUGCGCUCCUGCAGCUGUGUGCCAACGCCGACGUGUGCUACCUCUUUCACCUCAAGUUCACCGGUGUUCCUGAGACUCUCCAAGCGCUGUUGAAGGACGCCAGUGUGGUGAAGACAGGUGUAGGUGUACUGGAGGACGGCAGGAAGCUCAAGAAGGACUUUGGUGUUGAGGUGAAUGGGCUGGUGGACUGCUCCCCUCUGGCCAAGGAGAAGGCGCUGGUGCCUGACGACGGCCAGAUGAUUGGGCUAAAGGCUCUCACCCGCCUCGUGCUGCAGAAAGAGCUAGCCAAGCCCAAGAGGGUGCAGUGCAGCAACUGGGAGACCUUUCCCCUCACAGACGCCCAGCUCAUCUACGCAUCCACCGACGCCUUUGUGUCGCUGAGAAUCUUCCAGGAACUUGACGCCAUGCCCAGCCACACAGGGCACGGAGGGCAGCUGGUGGCAGCAGCAGCAGCAGCAACGGCCGUUUCUGCUGUGAUUGUAUCGGGUUUUGAGCCCUUUGGUAACAAGACCGGGCACGUUGCAGCAGCAGCAGCAUCGACUGUGACUGUAUCGGUAGCAGCUGCUAAAACGGCAAGAGUACCAGUACCAGUAGCAGGAGGAGGAGGAUCAUUGGGAGAAGCAGUGGCAACAGUGACAGCAACAUCAUCAGUAGCAGCAUCAGUAGCAGCACCAGUAGCAGUGACACAAUCAGGAAAAGUGGAGACGCUUGAGGGGAGUGCGAGAAAAGGUGCAGACAGAAAGGGGAGGAAGGAGAAGAGGAAGAAAGAGAAGGUGGGGCAGCUGGCGCCAGGGGUCCAGCAGGAGAAAGAAGGGCAGGCAGAGAUGGAAGCGAAGAAAGCAAAGAAGAACAAGAGGAAGCAGGAUGCAAGUGAGGAGAGCAAAGAGGCAGCAGCAGCAGCGGCUGGUGAGAGGGGAGGAGCAGAAGCAGAAGGGCCGAGGAAGAAGAGAAGGAAAGGGACGAGCGGAGAUGGCAAGCAAGGGAGUAGUGUCAAGCUUGCGGGUUUGAAAGUGGCUGCAGCAGACACGGCAAGCAGGUGGAUGGAGCUAAUCAAGAAAGCAACCACCAGGCAAAAAUAGUGUCAGGAAGUUAACAGCUGCAGGAAGCACUUGAGUGGGAUUGGGCUCUUACCGCCUGUGCCCUAAGCUUUCAUUUGAUGAGCUCGUGCCAUGUUUGGCAAAUUGGCAAUACUUGGCCUGGUUGUGGUUAUAAAUGACCAAAACGCAAGUCUGAUACACAAGGGAGGUCUGCCUCAUUCACGCUUGAUAUGCAUACCUU